CAGGCGAAGCAUGCGGAGUAGGUGGCGAGCAAGUGAUUUUCCCGGCGGGUGCCUGGCCGUGGCCCUGGUGCUAUGCACGUGUUUGACCGGCCCAGAUGUGGCCUGGGCCCAAGUGAGGGCGCCCGGCACCGGAGCCACCAAGUGCUACGACGACCAAGGAAAAGCGCAGCGAUGCGUUCCGCAAUUCGAAAACGCGGCUUUUGGAAUGCCUGUGGAGGCGACCAACACUUGCGGCGAAAACAGCCGCGAGCCGAGCGAAUACUGCAUCCAGUCUGGCCACGCCAACGACAAGUCGUGCUUCAACUGCACCCGCUACCCACCCCACUCGCACGGUCCCGAAUAUCUGACUGACCUCAACAACGCCGAUGACCUCACCUGGUGGCAGUCGGACACCAUGUACGAGACUCUUGAGCAGGUCAACCUCACCCUGCACCUGCAAAAAUCUUUUGACAUCACGUACGUCCGUAUUGUCUUCUACUCGCCCAAGCCCGAGAGUUUUGCAAUUUUCAAGCGGACGAAGGAAGACGGUCCUUGGGUGCCCUUCCAGUAUUACAGUGCCACCUGUCGUGAUACGUACGGUCGGACAGACGACAACUACAUCAGUCGAAACGACGAGUCGAGGGCGGUCUGCACGUCAGAGUUCAGUGACAUCUCACCCUUGACGGGCGGGAACGUCGCUUUUUCAACACUCGAAGGCAGACCUUCCGCCAAAAACUUUGACAACAGUGCAGAGUUGCAGGAAUGGGUCACAGCCACAGACAUUCGCAUUACUUUGGACCGUUUGAACACGUUCGGUGAUGAGGUUUUUGGAGAUGAGAAGGUCUUGAAGUCAUAUUUCUACGCCAUUUCUGAAUUUGCCGUGGGUGCAAGGUGCAAGUGCAACGGCCACGCUUCAGAAUGUGACAUUUCGACCAGCUCGGACGGCGCACAGAGGCGCGUGUGCAUUUGCCAGCACAACACAGCAGGUCCCGACUGCAACGAAUGUCUGCCCUUCUACAAUGACCUGCCCUGGGCCAGGGCCUCUUCCUCCAACGCCCACGAAUGCAAACCCUGUAAUUGCAAUGGUUUUUCGAACCGUUGUUUCUUCGACCAGGAGUUGUACGCUAGGACGGGUCACGGUGGACACUGUCUCGACUGCACUGGAAAUCGCGACGGUCCGAAUUGCGAGCGAUGCAAGGAGAACUUUUUCCAGAGGGAGGAUGGUUAUUGCAUUCCUUGCAACUGCAACGAAGUUGGAUCGCGAAGCCUGCAGUGCAACAGUGAAGGCAAAUGCCAAUGUAAAGCGGGCGUCACUGGUGACAAGUGUGACAGAUGCGACGCCAAUUUCUUCGACUUCGGGCCUUUGGGCUGCAAACCUUGCGGAUGCAGCGAAGCUGGUUCUUUCAGGAACAAGCCGCGCUGUGACCCCAACAGUGGCGUCUGCCACUGCAAACUGCAUGUUGAAGGAAACAGAUGCGACAGGUGCAAGCCGAGCUUUUUCAACUUGGACCUAGAAAAUGACUUUGGUUGCACUCCGUGCUUCUGCUAUGGUCAUUCUUCUGUCUGUCAAUCAGCACCUGGAUACUCUCAGGUAAAUCUUGAGAGCAUGUUUGUCCGAGGACAAGACCGCUGGACAGCUCAGGAAGCAAGUGGACAAUCGACUAGUUUGCAGUACAAUGCUUUGACUCAGUCCAUCGCUCUGAGUGCUGUGGGAAAUGCCCCUGUGUACUUCAUUGCCCCAGAUCGUUUUUUGGGUGAUAUGAGAGCAAGUUACAACAGAGAUUUGUCCUUUAAAUUGAGAAUCGGUAGCGAAGGCCCAUCUUCUUCGGUUGAAGACAUCAUUUUGGAGGGUGAUGGUGAAAAAGUUGUGCAGACCAUUUUCGGACAAGGAAACGAUCUUCCCAAAACCUCAAUUCGAGAGUACACAUUCAGGCUGCAUGAAGAUUCUGAGUAUGGAUGGCAGCCGAGACUUUCGGCCCGAGAGUACAUGAGGAUCCUCUCUAAUUUGACAGCGAUCAAAAUCAGGGGCACAUACACUUAUGAUGGCGUUGGAUAUUUGAAGGACUUCAAGCUGCAAACUGCCCGAAGAGACACAGGAGGCAAACCAGCGAACUGGAUUGAAAUGUGCACAUGUCCUGAAGGUUAUGUUGGUCAGUUCUGCGAAUCCUGCGCCCCUGGCUAUCGCCACGAGCCCAACUACGGCGGCCGCUUUGCCCGCUGCGUGCCCUGCAACUGCAACGGACACGCCGACAUUUGCGACGCUGACACCGGAAGAUGCAUUUGUCAGCACAACACGGCCGGCGAAAAUUGCGAGCUGUGCGCCAGAGGCUUCUACGGAAACGCCCUGGCCGGAACGGACAGCGACUGCCAGCCCUGCCCGUGUCCCAACCAAAGUGCUUGUGUACAACUUUUGGACGAGACUGUUGUCUGCCUGGAGUGCCCGAAGGGUUACGGAGGCCCUCGUUGUGACAUUUGCAGCGACGGAUACUUUGGAGAUCCCGAGGGCCGCUUUGGUUCCUUCAGGUCAAAGUGUGAACCCUGUGACUGCAAUUCCAACGUUGACCCUAAUGGAAUCGGAAACUGCAACAGGACCACAGGAGAGUGCCUCAAGUGCAUUUACAACACCGGUGGCAGCCACUGUGAAGUCUGCCUACCAGGCUUCUUUGGUGAUGCCCUGUCCUUGCCAAAGGGAGACUGCAAGACCUGUCAGUGCAACGGACUUGGUACUGAGCGAACAAAAGAAGGUCCGUUUGCCUGUGACCAGAUUUCUGGCCAGUGUAGAUGUAAACCGUAUGUGACUGGAAAAAAUUGUGACGUUUGCGAGGAUGGAUUUUACAACAUCAAUAGCGGAGAGGGUUGCCAAGCGUGCAAUUGUGAUCCAAUCGGCUCUUUAGACGGAACUUGUGACAUGACCACUGGUCAGUGUAAGUGCCGACCUGGAGUGACUGGCCUCAGGUGUGACGUUUGUGAAACGUUCCACUUUGGAUUCUCAACAACCGGCUGCAAGCACUGCAACUGCGACGAGGUCGGCUCGAGAAAUCUUCAGUGUGACGAAUAUGGCCAGUGUCCAUGUAAUGAAAACGUGGAGGGCCUGACUUGCAAUCAGUGCAAGGAAAACACGCACGACAAACAAAGGGGAUGUGUGGACUGCGACGAUUGCUACAAUCUGGUCCAGGACGCAGUCAACGACCAUCGCAGCAAACUCGACAAACUUCUUGAGCUAUUGGCAAAUAUUACUGAUACGCCAACGGUCAUUGAUGACGUUGACUUUGAGAGAAAGUUGACUGAAGUUCAGAAAAGUGUUGACCAGUUGUGGAAUGAUGCCAAAAAAGGCGCUGGAUCUGGUGACAAGUCUCUUCUGGAGAAGCUCAAAGAUUUGAAAAACAGACUGCAGUCUAUUGGUGAAAUUCAUAAAAACAUCACAAUGUUCACUGAGACGGCUAGAGUUUUUACAACCCAGGGAGAAGCCAACGCAACUCAAGUCGAGGACACCAUUGAAAGGGCCAGAGAAAGUUUAAAGAAUGCUGUCGAUUAUUUGCAAACUGAGGGUGCUGAAGCUCUGAAGGAGGCUGUGCAGCGAUCAGAACAAUUCGGCCAGCAGAGUGAAAAAAUGUCCGAUAUUGCUCGGCAGGCGCGCCAGCUUGCUCAGGAACAAGAAAAAGAAGCUGAGGAAAUUAAGAAAAUUGCUGAGGAGGCGGUAAAAACUUCAUCUGACGCUUUCGACGUCGCCAAAAACGCCAUCAACGAGCAAAAAACAACGAAGGACGAGCUGGGCAGACUGAGACACGAGCUGGAGGCGGUGGCCGACAGGCUGGACAAGACCAAAAUCUUGGCCCAAACUGCCAAGGACAAGGCUUCGCAAAUGCUGAAUGAGUCCCUCGCCAUUUACGCAGUGGUCUACGGUCUGAAGUUGCCUGAACCGGACGUUCCGAAGCUCAAGUCGGACGCCGAAGUCGCAGCUGAGGAGGCCCGAAAGCUCAAGAGUGAAGCAGACAAAGUUCUGGCUGAUCACGGUGAUCUUCUGGGAGAUCUGGCUGAGCAGAGUGCUAACUUAAAGGAGCUCCUGCGGUUGGCCCAAGAACAACAGCAGACGGUCGACGAACUUCUGGCCGACGUGGACAACGCAGAUUCGGAGGCACAGGAAGCCGUCAAGCUGGGAGACAAAACUUUGGCUGAGGCUCAGGAAACUCUAAAGACACUUCAAGAGUUUGAUAAGGACGUUCAAAAGAGCAAAGACAAGGCGCAAGAGGCGCUGGAUAAAAUUGAUGAAAUUGAGGAGAUGAUCCAAAAGGCAAGGGUAACAACAGAGCAGGCAGCUGUGGCUUUGACAGACGCUGAGGACCACGCAAAGGCGGCCAAGGAUGCAGCAUUUGAGGCCCAGAAUGAUUACGCAGCUAAAGCUUCAGAUGAAGCUGAUGAGAUCAGAAAUUCUGCUGACGCAACAAGAAAGAAAGCCGAAGGUUUAAGGGACGCAGCCGACAAACUUUCUUCUCAGGUGGCAACCACUGGUGGCAAAGUGCAACAACUGGAAUUGCAGGCUAACACUGAUGAAACCCUGACAAACGAGGCCAAAGAGAAGGUUGGCCAGGCAAAGAGUAAUUCGGCUGAAGCAUCAAAGAGAGUGGAAAAAGCGCUUCAGGAGGUUGAGGACAUAAUGAAGGAGUUGCAGGAUGUGACUGAUAUUGAUGAGGACCAACUGAAUAUACUUGAAAAGAAACUGGCAGCUGCAGAAAAAGAAUUCCAGGAUGCAAAUCUGGACCAAAGAAUGGAAGAAUUAAAAAUGCUUAAAAACCAACAGACUCAAUGGAUAAAGGAUUACUCGGAGGAAGUAGCCAGGUUGAGGAUCGAAGUGGACAACAUUGACGAAAUCCGCAAAUCUUUACCCGACGGCUGCUGGAAGAGAGUGAAACUCGAGCCUUGAACAAAUCAAGUCAGAGACGUUUUUGAAGCCAGUAUAUAUGAAAUGAGAAAAAGGACCUGCCGCAGUCUUUUCAAUUCCUUGCAUUGCAUUUGUAUCACACAUUGUGUUCGUCGCAUUACGUUUUAAUUUAAACAGUUUUGUGUGUGAACGACGAGGGCGCCUGCUUGUUUUUUGCUCCGCAUCUAAUUGUAAUGAAUAAUUCCUAUUAAAAAUUAGCCUGUAGAUCAUUCUAAGUUAUGUAGCAUUGAUAGACAUGCCAAAGACGCGCACUCUCUACUAAGCAUUAGUAGCGUAAGAAAAAAAAUCAUUCAGUGCCAAAUCCUGAUUCUUCCACUUGAUUGCAACGAGCCAUACCAAAGAUGUAAUUGGGAGAAUCAUUUUUUUUUAGAUCUGAUGUAGUGUUGUAAAGCGUUAAGCUAAAAAUAUUCAAAAAGUAAAUUUAAGCGUUCUUGUUGUUUUACGUCCUAGUCCUGUAAUGAUUCACUCGUGUCUGCACAGCUGUCAGUCCACAAUCAAAUUUUUUUUUCAAUAAAGAGAAAAUUUCAAAUAAAAAUUAGAAAGAAUAUUUUUGUAAGAGCAUUUUUAACUCCAGCUAUCAAUUUAUAAGUGCAGAUCAGAUUAGUUUUAAAUAGUCACUAGCCAGACACUGCCAUAAAGAGCCAUCAUAUUUUGAAAUUAAUGCAAAAUGGUGUCAUUUUUUGUAAGUGCAAAAUAUGUAUUAUUUAUAAUCGAUGUAAAUUUCAGGUGUAAUAAAAUAAUUCAUAUUAAGAAAAUU